AUGGACGAGUGGAUUCGCCAAGCCGAGGUGUGGGUGCGCCAAGCCGAGAGCUGGAUCCGCCAGCAGCCCCCGGAGCAGAUCUAUGUGGCGGCUGCGGUGGUUGCCGUCACAAUCCUGGUGCUUAUCGUAGCAUCUUGUCUGAAAUCCUCUAAACCAAACACCAUAGUGCUAUCCGGGCUUAAUGGCAGUGGCAAAACCACUCUUUUCUACCAGCUUCGGGACGGAUCAUCACAUCAAGGAACUGUGACUUCUAUGGAAGAAAACAGUGAUACUUUUGUGCUGCAUUUGGAGCAAGAAAGGAAAGGCAAAGUAAAACCUGUGCAUAUUGUUGAUGUUCCUGGUCAUGCUAGGCUCAAACCCAAGCUUGAUGAAGUCCUGCCUAAAGCUGCUGGGGUUGUUUUCGUUGUUGAUGCUCAAGAUUUCUUGUCUAGCAUGCAAGCUGCUGCAGAGUACCUGUAUGACAUUCUGACAAAGGCAACUGUAGUGAAGAAAAAGUUUCCUGUGCUUAUAUUCUGCAACAAGACAUAUAAAGUUACAGCCCACUCGAAGGAAUUCAUCAAGAAGCAGUUGGAGAAAGAAUUGAACAAGCUCCGGGAAUCAAGGACCGCCAUAUCCUCAGCUGACAUCUCUGAUGAAGUACAGCUCGGGGUCCCUGGAGAGGCUUUCAACUUCAGCCAGUGCCAGAACAAGGUGGCUGUUGCGGAGGGUGCCGGUUCCGCUGGUAAUGUUUCGGCUGUGGAGCAAUUCAUCCGUGAGCAUGUGAAGGCAUAG